CGGUGUUUCAUCAUCUGGUACAUACUGGUAUGUAGAUGUCAUUGCAGCAAAAAUAGCAAAAAGGGGAAGACAUCUCACCUCAUCACCACCACACAGAUGCAAUUACGCCCUUUUGUCCUGGCCAAUCUCCCUUAGUGGCUCACGGCGAUCUUUUGAUUGGUUUGAAGAAGAGGACACAUAUGACGCUUUCAAUCCCGAGGUGUCACUCAUUAAACAAAGGACAUUGACCACUGAUGGAACAGCAAGAGAAAGUGGAGCCAUUAACGAGAUUCAGAACAGGUUCAAGGGCCGCUACACUAUGAACGGUUACACAAACGCUACUACCAUGUCCCGAACAGCGCACGAUGCAGAUUACUUCAGUUUAUCAUUCUUCACUGAGCGUACCUACAUUGAACGUAGGAUAGCCACACUGAAGUCGGAUCUUUCGAAGCACAAAAUAGACAUCGCUGCACCUUGUACUAGCAGUUUUUCUUCCGACUGCUGGCUUUUAGACAACCUCACUCCAUUGAACCGCAUCCUCCGCAGAGCUGCACUGGAGCUCUGUCAACUUCAGCCUCGAUUUGUCGUGGUCAGAUCAACAGGCUUUCGCAUCAGCAUUUGCUCCGAAGAGGAUGCAAGUCUCGACGCAUCUUUCAUCACCUACUGGUUGCUCACGCAUCACAUCUGCAUCGACACGCUUGAGCUUGACCACGCCUUUUGCUAUCGGCAUCCACUGGAUGUUAAGCUGGCCCUAACUUCUGCUUUGAACCUGCAAAAGCUGAAAUUUUGCUGGCAAUCCAUAGACGGUGCUCACUACAUCAUGGAAGGACUUCGGAAUUCGCGAUACGCAAUACUUGAUCUCGACCUGUCCAUGCUCAGUAUUGAUGAUAAAGGAGCGGAUUAUCUUUCCGACACUCUUACCCGAAACGCCAGCAUCCAGUCCUUUGCUGUUUCCUGUUCGCACCUAAGUGCAUACAGCUAUGGAAAGCUUCUAGGCACUUUGGUCAGCUUUCGAAGUUUGACUCAGCUUAGCUUGCACAGCGCUAGAGGAUGUGGCAGCAAGGCCCUUGCCAACUUCUUAAAACAUAACAGAAGUGUUCUGAAAUUGUCACUAAACAAGUUUCAUUCCAUCACGGUUGAUGAUUAUGCUUUAAUACUUGAUUCUCUUCAUGACAACACUUGUGUUGAGGAACUCAAUCUGUUCAGGUGUUAUAUUCGCGAUGAGGGUGCACGUGUCCUUGCAGCUGUCCUGAAAAAGCGAGGUUCUGCUCUGCACAGACUGAAACUCAGAGAGUGUGGUAUCCAUGAGUCCGGCGCUAUAGAGCUGGCAGACUCUCUGAAAAGUAACACAUCCCUCGAAUACCUGAGCUUGCGGGCCAACAACCUUGACAAUCGCGGCACUGUCGCAAUCGCGGACAUGCUCAAGACAAACAAAGUCCUGAAGAAACUAGACAUUUCACAUUGCUCGAUUUCUUCCCACGGUGUAUCCUUGCUCGUGGAAGCGCUUCUCGUGAACACCUCCCUGGAAUACGUUAAAAUAGGAAGAGUACCAGUUAGUAGGAGUACAGAAUGGUUGCCGCUACACCUUGCCGAAGGUCGUGUCCUUGAACGGCUGCGGAUGACUUGGCAGAGUCAAGGGCUCUACGAACUUGCAGCUGUGAUCAGAGGCAGCGAAACCAUCGAGGCAGUACACAUAGACAGCCCCAAUCUCCUGACGGUUGAGGCUUAUUCGGAACUGUUCAGUGCCUUACGUUGGAACAGAAGCAUUAAGACUCUCAUCUUGAACAUGGGCUGCUUAAGAAACGUAAGCGUGCAGGCAUUGACAACGCUCAGUGAAGUGUUUAGUGAGAAUGAGACUCUCAAAAAAGUAAAAAUUACGCAGGACAGCAUGACAAACCCCAUGGCAGUUGCAUAUGCAGGAUUAGCUCAUUCAAAGAGCAUCGCUCAUCUCGAGGUCAGAGACGAGUUCUGGCAAGCCAGAAAUGCAAAAGCGUUCUGCAACGCCAUCAGAUGUAACAAGAGCCUCGUGUCUCUGGUGAUCCGUUCACAAUCCUUAGUAAAGAGGGCAAAGCUGCUGGACCUGUUCUCGAAAUCUGUUUACGCAAACCCAACUCUGACUUCGGUGCAAGUGUGGGAUCUCGAAGGUGCGACGAGAAGCACCUUUAAGAUACAGGAGGCCUGCAGACGGAACAUUUUGUCUCUGCAUCAAGCUUCGAGGUUUCUCUUGAGGACCACCAUGAAUAGAUCCUCGGCAGCAGCGUUCAAUGAGGCGAAGAAGGAUGUCUUGAUGCAUCACCUUACGGAAACGAUGAACAUUGAGCAGAACGAAGCGAAGACGAUGGUCUGUGCAGCCGAGCGGUUCCUUCGAGCGAACUAUUUCAAGCUGGCAGGCAUAGUGAAAGAUAAGAUUGAGUGUAUCGCCCAGACAAAGGAAACGACGAUGCGUUUGGAUUCACUGAACGAAGACUGCUUAUGCAAUAUUGCAUCCUUUCUUUGCAUUUCAGAUGUGCUUGAAGAUGAGUGAUGAUGAUGAAUAAGGUUGUUACCAACAGGGUUGUGCACUUGUGAUGAUGAUUAACAAGACUGUUAUCAAGUGGGUUGUUAACUCGGCAUGCAGGAAGAGAGGUUUUGUGGGGCUCCAUUUACGUGGCUUUAACUGCAUUUUGUAAAUGUUGAGUUUGAUGUCUACAAAUGUCACUCAACAUGCUACUUUCUCAGUUCUCACUGUUUCAUAUUUUGUUGCGGAGUCUGCCAUUAACUGCAAUUUACGAUCAUGCAUAUUCGCUAAAGAAAUAAAAAUAUCAUAAUCGAACAGCACA